GUUUGCAACCCUAGUUUCCGACGGUCCGUGAACGCGCCGCUAACGCAGCCUUGGCAACGCCGCCGCGCAGCUAAAGCUACCCCGCUCCUCCGCGCAGCAGCAUGCCCUUGGACGUCCACCCGGGUCGGGGAUCGUCUCUUUGUUACCUCGGUACGCCUUUCGGAGGCCUGUUAACCCGGUCACGAUGGAGUUUCUGAGCGAGCCGAGCGGGCAGACUGUGUGUUCGUCGUAGCCGCCGCCAGCUAACCGUGUUGUUGUUAGCGCCGCAGCUAGCUCGGGGGGGAACAUGGCGAUCGUGUCCGGCUCCUGCGCCCGGGUGAACGGCUCCAGGAACGGGCCCUCCGUGGCAGCCUCGCCCGGGCCCGGGCAGGCCGGGCAGCCCGGGCAGGCCCAGCCCAUGAUCGCGGUGUGGGAGUGGCAGGACGACGCGGGCUGCUGGCGGCCGUACAGCGGGCAGGUGAGCGCCCUGAUCGAGCGGAGCGUGUCCCCGCGGGGCCAGCGAGGGGGGCCCGGCCCCAGCAGCGUCUGCCUCGGCCAGGCAGACCCGGGCCUGGCGCCCUACCUCAUCGACCUGCCCAGCCUCAAGCAGUUCCGACAGGACACAGGAAAGACGCGGUCCGUGCGCCGGUCUCUGUUUGCCCAGUCUUCAGGCCUUGGCAGUGGUGUUUACUGGGAAUGGGCCAAUGAUGAAGGAGGAUGGACCCCAUAUGAGACUCGAACAUCCAUCCUUUUGGAGCACAGCUAUCAGGCCCACCAAGGCACAGCAGACUUGGGCCCGCAUGGAUACAAUUACAUUGUAGAUCUUACAUCUUUGGCCCAAGUUAAUAAAUCAACAGGCUUCAGACGGCAGGUUCGGCGGCAGUGCAGUCAUCCCUACCCACUGGCCUCCGCUGGUCCCCCAGCCAUCCCCUCGGGCCUCGCCUGCUCCUGCCAGCAGUGUUUGAGCCACAGCAGCACAGGACCAAUGCCCAGCCGAUCACGACAUUCCUUUUCUUCAGGGAGUAUGAACCGGCCUAGCCUGCAAGGGACAGGAAGGGCUGCAGCAGCCCACCCAACUUCUGUCUACUCGCCAUACCCCAGGAGGCCCCUCUCUGUCGGGGGAAUGUCCUGGGGGAGCCCCUGGCCUCCACCGGCCUCUGGUACUCAAAUAUCUGCAUCGCAUCUGACCAGCUCUACAAGUGCCAACGGGUUAAGUGUUCCUUCCAUCCCUGUGCAGCUGAACGGGUCCACCAGCGUGAGCUCUGCCCUGGCAGGCAUGGCCUCCAUUUUGAUGUCAGCAGUGGGACUCGGCGUGCACUUCACCUCCGCCCCCCUCCCUCAGCAGCAGCCACAGCAGCAUCAGCAGCAUCAGCAGUCUGCUCCUUUCUCUCUUCCUCCUCCUCCUCCUCUUCUCCUCCCCCCAGCCAGCCGGCCCUCCAAGCCCCACAGCAGCAGCAGUUCAGUUAGAAGAGCAAAGAGGCAGCACAGGAGAGCCUCGGCUCCGAGACCCGAGGAAGUGAUUCAGCGCUACAUGGAGGUGGUGGCUGCAGCGCCAGAUGAGGACUGCAUUAUCUGCAUGGACCAACUGACCAGUCCGUCCGGCUACGAGACGCCGUCGCCAGAGGAGGGCGGCCAGAGCACCCUGCCGGACGCGGUGGGGAAGUUCAUCAAAUGUGGCCACACCCUGCACAUCCUCUGUAUGCUGGCCAUGUACAACAACGGAACCAAGGACGGCAGCUUGCAGUGUCCCUCUUGCAAGACAAUCUACGGAGAGAAAACUGGCACCCAGCCCAAAGGCAAGAUGGAAAUUUACAGCAUCGCCCAGUCGCUGCCAGGGCACCCGGACUGUGGCGCCAUCCAGAUAAUCUACAGCAUCCCUCCUGGCCUUCAGGGUCCAGAACAUCCCAACCCCGGACAACCGUACACCUGCAGAGGCUUCCCGCGUUUCUGCUUCCUUCCAGACAACGACAAGGGCAGAAAGGUGCUGGAGCUGCUGAAGGUGGCGUGGAUGCGGCGCCUCAUCUUCACCGUGGGGACGUCCAGCACCACCGGGGAGCCCGACACCGUGGUGUGGAACGGCAUCCACCACAAGACGGAGAUGAUGUCCAACCUGUCGGGCCACGGAUACCCCGACCCCAACUAUCUGGACAAUGUUCUGUCGGAGCUGGCGUCUCAGGGCGUGACGGAGGACUGUCUCAGAGCCGCAGGAAGCAGCAGCAGCAGCAGCUAGGUCCCGGCGCGCAGCCUCACUCUUCCACUGCUAACACCGAGCUGACCCCUCAUCCUCCUCCUCCUCCUCUGCAGACAGGUGGAUCUACUUCCACCUGCGUCCGGUAUCUGCCCAGAUCUCAUCCUCGAGCGAGCGAAGGGGGAAAAGUGAGAAGAUAAAUCCUCUCUGUAAGAAAAGCUCGUCUUCUGCGCAUGGUUCAUGCACCGUUGCGUUUUUGAGUGUCACGUACUCGAGAUGAACUGUGGAAAAAAAAAAAAAAAAAAAAAAAAGGCGAGGCUUGAUCUCAGUCAGGCCUCUUUCAUCCCACCUUCCACCUCCACCCACUCUGUCAAAGCUUCAACCACUACUCUGUUAUCCGUUACUGUGAGGGGGGGUGAAAAUCUCAAAAAGCACUUUAGUUCUGACCGUGCAUUAAUCUGGGGCGGUGCGGGACUUCCCAGAAGGCCGCUUCACGCUGGGAGCGCAUGCAGUCGAGUCGAGCACAGCGACACUGAAACUUCACGUAGCAGUCGUAGAUGCCAGCGCAAUACUUCACUGUUGUACAUACAAACUACGACUCAAACAGAUGUGGGGGGGAAAAAAAAGGUUUUUGACCUCAAAUGCCAUCAAAAAAAAGUUGCCGUUUUUAUUUUAUAUUUUAUUUUGAACUUUCAACGCUACUUCAGAUUCGACUGCGUCAUAUUUAAACCCCCAGCAGGGACGUGAGACGCGUCGAGUGUGAACGCAGCCUCAGCGUUGCGUCUGUGUUACCAUAUGUGAACCGAGACGAUGUUGCAUCGUAGGUAGUUGAACAACCUCAGUUAGUGUAACGGGGCGGACGGACCCCGAGGUGGACGCAGGAGAAUACAUAAAAACCUCUCGUUGAGUUCUGACAGUGUGACAAUCAAAGUCGUCAGUGUCAUCGUGAUGAAACAAGCUGCACGGAGCUGCAGCCUCCCGCGCUCGCGUAUUAUUCUGCUCAUCGUGCAGCCGCUCGGCCGAGUCUCAACAUGUGUACAAACGAAACUGAGAGAAAAAGUAUCUGCAAUAAAGAAAUGAUGCAACAUGAGACCUGGCUCCGUUUCUGACUUCACACGUCGAGGUAUGGAGGAUGUGUAAAACUGUGGAGACUGCCGGGACCUGCAGGACACG